AUGGAGCGAGCAAAAACAGAAGUGGAGAAGAGAGUGUCAAAGCUUAUAAAAUACAUCCAAACCCAAAGCAGAAACAAGAUCCCAAAGGACUCAAAGAGAGAGCUUAUAGCGAUUGUAACCGAUCUUCAAGAGCAGUGUAUAUCUCUUUGCUCCACAAUUGAUGAUCAUCAACAAGAUUUUCAAACUCCGAGAAGCGGUGGCAGCAGAAGAAAAGGGAGAUCGAUUUCUGAUAUAGAAUAUUACUCUUCAGAGGAAUUAGAGAACCUUGCUGAGCAAGGAAGCGAAGUUUCUGAGCUUAAAAGGAAGCUUGAGGCAUUGAAAAAUGAAGCUGAAGAGAAAGAACAAGAACUGACUUCUCGUGUGAAUGAGCUUGAACGAGAGCUAAGUGAAGCGAAAGCCGAGUGUGAUCGUAAAGGAGAUUUAGAGGAAGAGAUUGCGAUGAAAGCUGUAGAAACUAAGCAACUAGGAGAGAAGAACAAAGGGCUUAGGUCUCAGAUCUCUGGAUUGGAACUGGUUUUGAGAGAGAAAGGAGAUGAGAUAUCAACACUUGUGAGCAAGUUUGGGAACAGUGAGUUAGGUUUAACAUCGAGGAUUGAGGAUUUGAAGGGCCAGUUGAAGAACUUGGAGCAAGAAAUCGGUUUCCUUCGCUCGCGGAAUGCAGAUUUGGCUACAAGAAUUGAAGUUAAGAGAGUUGAGGAGAAUGAACGUGUAACCAGCUUGAUGGAUCUUGUGAGUAGUAUGAAACAUGAGCUUGAAUCACUGAGGAAGCAGAAAGAUGAGUUUGAAACAAAGCUUGAGAAGAAAGUGGAAGAAGUUACAGAGACAGAGAUGCAAAUGAAGCGUGUGAAACAAGAAACAGAGGAACAGAGGAAUAAGUUGAAUGAAGAGAUUGAACAUCUUAGAGAAGAGAAUCAGAAGCUUCAUACAAGAAUCUCAGAGCUUGAUUCAUUACAGAGAGAGAUCAAGAACACAGAUGAAACUGAAGAUAAGAGCAAGAAACUUUACAAUGAACUUUCUGAUCAGAAGAAGUUAGUCAAGGAGAAAGAUGACGUGAUUCGCAAGUUAUCUUCGAAAACGAAGGAACAGCAAAGACUUGUCAAAGAACAGAAAGAGACCAUCGACAAGUUCACUGAGGAUCUGAAGCAAUCGAAACGUUGGUCAUUAGGUUCAAGCCGAGAUUCGAAGCUGAAUCCAAGUGCCAUAGAGAAGAAAAUGGAAGACUUAGCUGAAGAUUUCAGGAUGAAGAUAGAAGACCAAAUCAGGAUGCUGUACAGGAGGAUCCAUGUAGCUGAACAGAUACACUUAGAGGGCAAGAACGACUACAUCAAAACACGAGACAUGGUUCAAGAAAACAAAGAGAACAGAGAAAUUUUGCUCCUUUACGAAACCCUUUUCAAGACAAUCAAAGAAUCUUGGGAAGAAGAGGACACAAGUUCCGAAAUGGCGAUGGAGAAGGUAGAAGAAGCAGAGGAACACACGAACAGAGUUGCAAGAUUAGCAAAAGAGAUUGAAUCAGCGAAGGUUUGGGUUUGUGAGAAGAAGAGCGAGUUGGAAACCCUAGCGGCGAAGCUGGAAUGCGAAGAAGCACAAGAGUCUUUGUUGAAGGAGAAGUUAUGUAAGCUGGAGACGAAACUUGCGGAAGAAGGAAAAGAGAAACUGAGGCUAGCAAAGAUUGUGACCAAAUUUGAAGGGAGGAUCAAAGAGCUUGAGAUCAAUGUGAAAGGAAGAGAUGUUGAGGUGUUGAGCUUAGGGGAAGAGAAGAGAGAAGCCAUAAGACAACUAUGUAUUCUUGUGGAUUAUCAACGAGUUCGAUACCAUGAACUCAAGAAAACAGUCUUAAAUAAGGUAUCUCUUGAGACCUAA